AUGAUCGAGUGCAAGCUUGUAUGGCGGAACUCGGCGUUCCACUCACUAAAGAAACCGUGUUUCACCAGAGGUGGAUAUGACACCCUGGAAGAACUAUUGGAAGUGAUCACUUGGGCUCAAAUAGGAAUCCAUGAUAAACCAGUGGGUUUGUUGAACUUAGAUGGUUACUAUAACUCUUUGCUGUCAUUCAUGGACAAUGCUAUAGAUGAUGGUUUCAUAACACCCGCUGCUCGUCAUAUUAUUGUGUCUGCCCAACAUGCACAAGACCUCAUCUGCAAGCUUGAGCACUUGGAAACAUGGGAUAUCACUUUCAACACUUUACAGGAGAAGCAUGCUUUGAAUGUUCAUUGA